AUGGCAACAGUGAAUGAAUCAAAUUUAUGUUCAAUCUGCAAUAAAUCUUCAGCUAAAUACUUUUGCAUUGGAUGUAAAAAAUAUUUUUGUUCAAAGGAUUUGAAAGAACAUGAACAACAACUAUCGAUUAAAUUUGACAAUGAAAUAGUAAGAUCACAUGAUGAACUUCUUGAUCAAAUACAAAAAUUAGAAAAAUCAAAUUAUUUGUCGUUGGAUCUUUUUGAUCAAAUUGAACGAUGGAAAAAAACAACAAUCAAUAAAGUAGAAAAAGCAGCAGAAAAAGCUCACCAUGAACUUAUCAAAUUAAUUGAUAAACAAAGAAUAACAGCAAUUAAUCAACUUGAACCAAUUACAAAAGAAAUUCGUUGUUGUCGAGAAGAAGAAAAUUUUCUUGAAACUGAUAUCAAUCGAGUUCGAAAAAAAAUCGAUGAAGUUCAAGAGAAACUUCAACAAUUUUUUCAAAAAGAUACAAAGAAAUCAAUCAUUAUUGAUAAUAAUGACCAAAUUGAUUGGAAUCGACUCAUCUAUAUCCGUGAAGAACAACAAAACUUAUCAUUACUACGUAGUGCAGAUCUGAAUGCAAAUACAAAAUGGAUAUACACUGGUGUGACUGUGGCAGGAGGAAAUAGACAAGGUAGUGGAAUGAAUCAACUCAACAAUCCAUGGGGUUUGCGAGUCGAUGAUAAUCAAACUAUCUACAUUGUUGAAGGAUCGAAUAAUCGUAUUAUGGCAUGGGAAUGUGGUGCGAUGACUGGCCGAAUUGUGGCCGGUGGAAAUAAACAAGGAAAUCGUCCUGAACAAUUGAACACUCCGACAGAUGUGAUUAUUAAUAAAGAAAAAGAUAGUCUUAUCAUUUGUGAUUACAACAAUAAAAGAGUAGUUCGAUGGCCUCGUCAAAAUGGUACAAGUGGAGAAACAAUCAUAUCAAAUGUUGGAUGCUGGGGCUUGACAAUAGACGAUGAUGGAUUUCUCUAUGUUGCUGAUUGCGCUAAACAUGAAGUUAGACGAUAUCGAAUGGGAGAAAAUCAAGGAACAGUUGUUGCAGGUGGAAAUGGACAAGGAAAUCGUCUUGAUCAGUUGUCUAAUCCGACAUACGUAUUCGUCGAUCGAGAUCAUUCAGUGUAUGUAUCAGAUUAUGGUAACCAUCGGGUGAUGAAGUGGAUGGAAGGUGUAAAAGAAGGCAUUGUUGUAGCUGGCGGUCAAGGUCAAGGAAAUAGUCUUAUGCAGUUAUCGAAUCCUCAUGGAAUUGUCGUGGAUCAAUCAGGUACUGUCUAUGUGACUGACUACAGAAAUCAUCGAAUAAUGCGUUGGUGUUCAGGUGAUACACAAGGAAGUGUCAUCGUUGGUGGAAAUGGUCAAGGGAGUGAAUCAAAUCAACUCUAUAGUCCCGUCGAUUUGUCAUUUGAUAGAGAUGGUAAUCUCUACGUGAGUGACUAUGGAAAUCAUCGAGUACAAAAGUUCAACAUUAAUCGAAUUUAA